AUGGCUACCGGAUAUCACUACUCCCCUAGCGAAUUCAACGCUUUCUACAAGGGGCGAAACCGAUCACAGACGACAGUCUGUAUACCGGCACCAUCCCCACCAAAGAAGCGGGCUUCCUCAUACUAUCCCGCUCAAAGGCCGGAAAUCGUCGACGAGGCAAACCCGGAUCCGUUCUACCUUGAGCACUCACUGUCAAGCGACUCGUCUUGGGGCUCUCUGCGACGCGGUAUUCGCAAUGUUCCAUUCAGUGGAGAAACAAAUCAAUAUUUCAUGCUAUCCACCGUAAAUCCCGGCCCAGAUCUACCCAUUCCUACCAACAACCGCGGAGAAACAGCGAGAUCUCACACAAAUAUCAACCGAUCGACACUGUCAGUUGUUGAGCUAGAACACCAGCUAGGCCUCCAAGAAACUGCUGGGCAAUUUCGUGCACCAGAGUCCUGCCACGUCAGUCAGAGCUCUCUCUGCUCUGUGCAAACUGACGCCACACCGGACUUGACUCCCAGUAGCUCCUUCUCUUCUAACUAUUCUGGCCCUCUGCAUCCUGACACCAUAGUGAGGGGGGGGACAGAGCCACAAGUUCAAGACGCCCGGGAGCAGAAGGCAAAUAUUGAUAACAAGGUGCACCUUUCUUCCACGCCUUUGAACGGAUCACGAACGGCCUUACUGCCAUCGCAACUUUCAACUCCAUCGCGAGAUCCACAUCCACGAGUAGUCGCAUCCAACAACUCAACAGACACGCUUAUCAUGCCACGAGGUAACAGUCUAGAUUCCCCUUCAUAUAGGGGGAAGCCUUUACCUUCUCUUCCCAACGCUUCCCGUAAUAACAGCACCCGGUCGAGCAAAAAGGCCACGAGCCCAAGCAACAGACCGCCAAUUGAAGCAUCUAUGAUCUCUCCUCCAUGCCGUAUUAACCCUGUGACACUCGAGCCACAUACUUCUCAUUUCGACCAAGCAUUGUUUAUUCCAGCCAAUGACUGUCCAAGUCCAGUUCCCAGUCCAGGUCCUGCGUCACCCUCGUUCGAGAGGCCAGAAGCAGGCGCUUCCACCACUGCUAGGGAUAGGCCUUCAACUUCCGCCUCUGAGAUGCACUGCGAACAGUCCGUAUGGGAGUCAGAUUCGGAUAAUGAAGACACGGACUCAAAGUCGCUUUCGAAAAACCCCAUUGACACCUUGAAAAAGGUUCGUAGCCGAGUGCACCUGCGCGUUGCCAAGUCAGCGCCCAAGCUUCAAAAUACGUCGGGACAAACACAUUCCCAUGCAUUGGAGAAGUUCCCUUCGAUGCCUGAGCAUCCACCCGGUGACUUGUCACAUUCUUCUAUGAGGAGCAUUGUUCAAGCCUGCUCAGCCAGAGAUGUUUUCCAUCCAGCUGCGCAGCACACCUUGCGCCUUGUCGCUCCUUCUACCACUUCUCUUGUACGGCCACGAACUCCUCGAUCCCGCAGCAAUAGCAAUCCACCUAGGAACUACGAUAUUGACAGAUCAACCGCAGCCGCCAUCCAGGCCAAGUCCAGGCGCCGACAGCGAUCUGAAUCGCCAGAGCCGUCCCUCUCCACCGAGAGGGAGAAGGUGUGCACUUUCUGCCGUGAUGAACGAUCCGACAAAGCCAUCCAACACAGUCUAACUCUGGCUCGACCGCCGCUCUAUAAGCGAGUGUGGGAAUCUUUGCGCGUGCUCGGCUGCCAUGGCGAAAUAGCCCCUCCACGACCUGGCAAGUCGCUAUAA